GUGGAAUUAGAUGGAAGAAAUGCCGAGUUUCUGGGUACGAGCAGCGUCGGCUGUCCCAGGAACUGCUCUCUGUUACGCCCCUUCUAUCACAUUGCGGCGUUACUUUGAAACAUUUCAACGAGGUACAAGUAGACUCCUGCGAACCGUGCCGUGUUUCAUUCUCUCCACACUUUCUAGUUCUGUGAGACGAGGCAACAUGUUGGGGGAGGGCAGUAAGUAAAACUACCGCCUCACGUUUAGCAAUGAACCAGACGUCCGUUCAGGCUUCUGGACUGUAGAUUUGCACUUGGAAUUAGGAAUGUAGUGGCAUGUAUUGUUAUCGUUAGUAGGAUAACUUAUCUCGUGUGUGUGUGUUGGCCAAACCCACAGUAACUAAACAUACUCCUUAUGCAAUCAAUGAAUGUGCGAAACUCCUGGGAUUUAUUGCAAUCUCUUAUGAAUGAUUUUCACUGAACCUUUAGAUUUUCUUGCAUUAGCUUACAAGAAAAAAAAAAAAAAGAAGAAGCAGCAGAAGAAGAAAGAAAAGGCAGUUGCUUCACAGAGGCGUUAAGCUUUCCUGUUUACCGCAAGGCCGGGGCGGGCUUGGCUGCCCACACCAUGCGGCGCCCUCGGACCCAAAGCACACCUGUUCCUAGAGAGUUAUUAAUAGAGCCCAAAGAAUGACUUACUCUGUCAAGUGAUUUUCGUGCGAAUCUAAUGUCUUGCAUGGCAAUUAGGAGGUGGUUCUCUGUUCUUUUAGCUGGGUGGUGCUGUGCGUCUCCACCCUCAUAUUGGCGGUUGGGUCUCUUCCGAGGAGAGACCAAGAGCUGGUAGUGAACCCGCUGCUGAGAGGGCGAAUGCUCCAGAACACCUCCAAGCUGGAAACCUGGAGGGGGAUCGAGGUGGGGGCGUGAGGGAGCCGAAGGGCUGUUAAAUGGGACUUGCUUCUCUAGUUUUCCCAUUUCCGUUUGGAUGUGACACAGGGAGAGUUUUCGUCUUGUCGAGUUGGGAGUUUUCAGUUUGGCUGCUGUUCCCGAGGCCCUCUCCAGCCAAGGAAAAGCUACACAAAAAGCCUGGAUCUCCCGGACGGAACCACCCCCCCAACCGCGGCAAGUGAAGGCUCUCUCGGCGUCGCCCUCUAGCGUCCUUCAGGAGAAGCGCCACCCCCGGGUUCCUGGAGACCCUGCGCACCAUGGGGUCCACCAGCGUCCCGCUGGUGAAGACCCACCGCAGUUCUGUGUCUGACUAUGUCAACUACGACAUUAUCGUCCGGCAUUACAACUACACGGGAAAACUGAAUGUCAGCGCGGACGAGAACGGCAUUAAACUGAGCUCCGUGGUGUUCAUUCUCAUCUGCUGCUUUAUCAUCCUAGAGAACAUCUUUGUCUUGCUGACCAUUUGGAAAACCAAGAAGUUCCACCGACCCAUGUACUAUUUUAUCGGCAACCUGGCCCUCUCAGACCUGUUGGCGGGAGUGGCCUACACGGCCAACCUGCUCUUGUCUGGCGCCACCACCUACAAGCUCACCCCCGCCCAGUGGUUUCUGCGGGAAGGGAGUAUGUUUGUGGCCUUGUCUGCCUCGGUGUUCAGCCUCCUAGCCAUCGCCAUCGAGCGCUAUAUCACAAUGCUGAAGAUGAAACUCCACAACGGGAGCAACAGCUUCCGCUCCUUCCUGCUGAUCAGUGCCUGCUGGGUCAUCUCCCUCAUCCUGGGUGGCUUCCCCAUCAUGGGCUGGAACUGCAUCAACAUGCUGGCCAGCUGCUCCACUGUCCUGCCGCUCUACCACAAGCACUAUAUCCUCUUCUGCACCACCGUCUUCACCCUGCUCCUGCUCGCCAUCGUCAUCCUGUACUGCAGGAUCUACUCCUUGGUCAGGACUCGGAGCCGCCGGCUGACCUUCCGCAAGAACAUCUCCAAGGCCAGCCGCAGCUCUGAGAAGUCGCUGGCGCUCCUCAAGACCGUGAUUAUCGUCCUGAGCGUCUUCAUCGCCUGCUGGGCGCCCCUCUUCAUCCUGCUCCUGCUGGACGUGGGCUGCAAGGUGAAGACCUGCGACAUCCUCUUCAGAGCGGAGUACUUCCUGGUGCUGGCCGUGCUCAACUCCGGCACCAACCCCAUCAUUUACACUCUGACCAACAAGGAGAUGCGCCGGGCCUUCAUCCGGAUCCUGUCCUGCUGCAAGUGCCCCAGCGAAGACUCCGCCGGCAAAUUCAAGCGACCCAUCAUCGCCGGCAUGGAAUUCAGCCGCAGUAAGUCGGACAACUCCUCCCACCCCCAGAAGGACGAUGGGGACAACCCAGAGACCAUUAUGUCCUCUGGAAAUGUCAACUCUUCUUCCUAAAACUGAAAGCUGCCCUACCCAUGGGGAGAGUUCUUGCAUGGUCACCCCACCACCCAGUGUUUGGAAAACAAAAACAAAAAUAAAAAAGUCUCUGUGCCUCCACCGCUGCCAGGGAGGAGCUGCUGGGAGCCAGACGGAGGGGGCAGGGGGCAGAGUAAGAGCAGCCUGGUGGUGCCGGGGUGUUGGUGGGUUAGUUCCUGUGAACAAUGCACUGGGAAGGGUGGAGAUCAGGUCCUCGCCUGGGAUCUAUUUCCUACCCCCGCCCUGGAGCUUUGAUUUUGCACUGAGCCAAAGGUCUAGCAUUGUCAAGCUCCUGGAGGGUUCAUCUGGCCGCUCCUCUAAGACUAAGGCCCCAGUGUGAGAGCAUCUGUGGAGAGCUUGGAGGAGACGUUUCUCUCACCUUAGUUGCCAGCCCAAGUGACUGUGUGCACUUCUGCGUCUCUGGGUAUGCCCUGCAUAUCCUACCCUCCCUUUCCCUUCACACCCCUCCUCAAAAUUCUGUUACUUUAUAUUUGAACGACCUGGCGUUCUUCAGAGCCGGGGUUGUGGCACGGUCCAUUUCCUGAUCGUCUGCAGCGGGUAGGCCGUGUUCAGGAGGGAAACUGUGAGGAAUGGAGAUGGUUUGGAGAUGUAAAGCAAUUUUAUUUGCUGAGGCCAAAGUUUCCACGAAAGCUGGAUCAGUUUUUGGAAUUUGGUUACAGUCACUUUGAUUUCUUUUUUUUUUCUUUUAACAACUUUACAAUGAAGUAUGUUACAGCAUCGUUAUCCAUUGUGUCUGAAAGUCUGCAUAAGUCCAGUUUAUCUAGAUGCUAUCAACCGGGAUCCUUUGUGUCAUAGGAGAAUCAAACAAGUAAAACAAGGUGAAAACUGACUGGGGGUGACUUUGUAAACCAAGAGAGAUUUUUUAAUGAGUUUGUCUAACAAAUACAACGUCUGUCUUUGGCACUUUUGUUGACGUUUAUUUCAGAGUGUUGUGUGAAUUAUUUCAACCAACAGGAUGGUUGUAUUUUGUUGUGUUAAAAGUACUUUCCGUGAUUUUUGAAUGUAUUUGUUUCAGCAUUUUAUUGGACUUUUCUAACCUGUGUUAACACCGUUGAACGUGUAUUUCCUAAGAAAAUACAACCCUCUUGUGCCAUUAAAGCAUUACUUUAACUGAUAGGGAAUACCAGAAGUUUUAAAAUACAGCUGUUCAUUAAAUAGUUAAUUAAAGAUGUGUAUAAAUGUCACAAAAAAUAAAAAUAUAUUGCUGUCUCUUUAGUAUGGUUUUCAGUGCAAUUAAACCGAGAAAUGUCUUUUUUAAAAAAAAUAGUAUUUAAUAGGUUUCUGACUUUUGUGGAUCAUUUUGCACAUAGCUUUAUCAACUUUUAAACAUUAAUAAACUGAUUUUUUUUAAGGA